UCCAGGCAGCACCGCUGAUCACGUGCCUGAGGGAAGCAUUGACACGGAGCCGCACCGCAGCGCCGCAGCACUGACACGCACACACCGGCAAAGCCAAGGAGCCACAGCAGCGGACGUACAGCAACCACCGCAGCAGCCGCCCAGUCAGCCAUCGCCGCACGACACCGCAUCAUGAGGGAGAUCGUGCACAUCCAGGCCGGACAAUGUGGCAAUCAGAUCGGGGCCAAGGUACUCGUUGAUUGUCGUCCAACCCAGCAAUUCUGGGAGGUGAUCAGCGACGAGCACGGCAUCGACCCGUCGGGCAGUUACCAAGGCGACAGCGACCUGCAACUGGAGAGGAUCAACGUGUACUACAACGAGGCUUCAGGCAGCAAGUAUGUCCCCCGGGCCAUUCUGGUCGACCUGGAGCCCGGGACCAUGGAUUCGGUUCGCUCUGGCCCAUUUGGCCAGCUGUUCAGGCCUGACAAUUUUGUCUUUGGUCAAAGUGGAGCGGGCAACAACUGGGCCAAGGGUCACUACACGGAGGGAGCCGAGCUGAUGGACGCAGUUCUGGAUGUGGUGAGGAAGGAGUCGGAGAACUGCGACUGCCUGCAGGGCUUCCAGCUGACCCACUCGCUGGGCGGUGGCACCGGCUCCGGGAUGGGCACCCUGAUGAUCAGCAAGAUCCGUGAAGAGUACCCCGACCGCAUCAUGAACACCUUCAGCGUCAUGCCAUCGCCCAAAGUCUCCGACACGGUGGUGGAGCCGUACAACGCCACGCUGUCCGUGCACCAGCUGGUGGAGAACACGGACGAGAGCUUCUGCAUCGAUAACGAGGCCCUCUACGAUAUCUGCUUCCGCACUCUGAAGCUCUCCACACCCACCUACGGGGACCUCAACCACCUGGUGUCAAUCACCAUGAGCGGGGUCACCACCUGCCUGCGCUUUCCAGGCCAGCUCAACGCCGACCUGCGCAAACUGGCCGUCAACAUGGUGCCCUUCCCCCGCCUGCACUUCUUCAUGCCGGGUUUCGCCCCCCUCACCAGCAGGGGUAGCCAGCAAUACCGCGCCCUGUCGGUUUCUGAGCUCACGCAGCAGAUGUUCGAUGCUAAGAACAUGAUGGCGGCGUGCGACCCACGCCACGGCCGCUACCUGACCGUGGCGGCCAUCUUCCGCGGCCGCAUGUCCAUGAAGGAGGUGGACGAGCAGAUGCUGAGCGUCCAGAACAAGAACAGCAGCUACUUUGUGGAGUGGAUCCCCAACAACGUGAAGACGGCCGUGUGCGACAUCCCGCCGCGCGGGCUCAAGAUGUCGGCCACCUUCAUCGGCAACAGCACGGCCAUCCAGGAGAUCUUCAGGAGGAUUUCGGAGCAGUUCACCGCCAUGUUCCGCAGGAAGGCUUUCCUGCACUGGUACACAGGCGAGGGCAUGGACGAGAUGGAGUUCACAGAGGCCGAGAGCAACAUGAACGACCUGGUGUCCGAGUACCAGCAGUACCAGGACGCCACCACCGACGAGAUGGGGGAAUACGAGGAAGAUGAACCGGAGGAUGACGACGGCCGCCAUUGAGAAGGUGGUGCCUUGGGAACUGGAAACCGACCUCUGCAGCACAGAUUCAUUUUUCUCUGGCCGUUGAAUCGAUUGCAACCGAACUGCUCUGUUUCUCCUUUCAUCUGAGAGGGCUUCAUCAGUUCAUGUAAAUGUGGAAACCCAACUCUUUAUGGUCCAGUUGCAUACUAUUUCUGGUGGCGGGGCACGCCUCCAACCUGGAGUUUUCAAACUGGGUUACCCACACCAACGCAGGCCACUUUGUCCUAACCAAGCCUUGUUUCGUGAACCGAUAUCAACACAGCAGAUCAGUUGCGACCGAUUCAAUGAGCCGGAUGAAUGAAAAAAUAUCCCCACCCGCAGUCUAGAUGUAUGACAAGAAGAAGAGAUGUCAAUGCAGAUAUUCUCACUAGUACAUGAGUCAUUCUCAAUGCAGGUUGAAACUGCCAUUGCUUUUUGUGUGGUCAAAACAAAGUUUCGUCUCGAUAGAUUCCAAAUAAAGAUUAUACAUUCAA